AUGACAAAUCUGAAAUCGUUUAAAGUGGUAAAACAAGUGAGAUAUGCAUCACAACUUCUACCGCAACUUUCUUCAGAAAAGUAUAAAGUGACAAGAAAGCUAUUCGGGCACAUACGGUCGUCGGACAUAGAUUACUUUAAGGAAAUUUUAAGUGCGGACCGUGUAUUGACCGAAGAAAGCGAUGUCCUGCCGUACAAUAUAGAUUGGAUAAAAAAUUGCCGAGGCCAAUCAAAAUUGGUUCUCAAACCGAAGACAACACAAGAAGUUUCCUUUAUUCUCAAAUACUGCAACGAAAAACGUUUAGCAGUAUGUCCGCAGGGCGGUAAUACAGGCCUUGUUGGUGGGUCGGUCCCGGUCUUUGACGAAAUAGUCCUCAGUUUUGGACUUAUGAACAAAAUAAUCAGUUUGGAUGAAUUAUCAGGUGUUUUAGUUUGUGAAACGGGUUGCGUAUUGGAGAAUCUAGAUAAUUAUGUGAGAGAGCGUAAGCUUAUUAUGCCUCUAGAUCUAGGGGCAAAAGGUUCGUGUCAAAUCGGAGGUAACGUUAGCACAAACGCUGGUGGGCUUCGAUUAUUGCGUUAUGGUAAUCUCCACGGUUCGGUGCUAGGAGUUGAGGCGGUAAAAGCCGAUGGGACUGUAAUAGAUUGCCUGAGAACCCUCAAAAAGGACAACACUGGGUAUCACCUGAAGCACUUGUUCAUUGGCUCUGAAGGGACUCUAGGAGUGGUGACGAAAGUCGCUAUCCAUUGUCCCGCGCUACCAAAAGCGGUUUCAGUUGGAUUCUUCGGGGUCGAGAAUUUCAAUAAUAUACUUCGUUUAUACGCAAGCGCUAAAUCAUCCCUUGGUGAAAUUUUAUCAGCUUUUGAAAUGGCAGACAACGACUCAAUAAGUUCUACGGUGAAAAACUUAAAGCUUCCAAAUCCGAUAUCGGAUUAUCCGUUUUAUGUGCUGGUGGAAACCAGCGGCAGUGACGAGGCACAUGACGCCGAGAAGCUUACUCGAUUCCUCGAAAAGGAAAUGGAUAGCGGUCUAAUAAUGGACGGAACUGUCACGUCGGAACCAGCUAAAAUGCAGACAAUUUGGAAUCUUCGCGAGAAUAUAGCUAGCGCCGGUCUUCUAGACGGUUAUGUCUUCAAAUACGACGUAUCUUUGCCUCUAACCAGCUACUACAACCUCGUUCCGUUACUAAGACAAAAAUUGGGCCCAAUGGCAACCAAAGUUUAUGGAUACGGGCAUGUCGGUGAUGGAAAUAUUCACAUUAAUGUCACGGUACCGAAGUACAGUAAAGAAGUGUCAUCAAUGUUGGAGCCUUUUAUUUUCGAAGAAGUUGCCAAGUUAAGAGGCUCAAUCAGUGCAGAACACGGUGUGGGCUUCCGUAAACCACAUUAUAUCCACUACAGCAAAGAUGCGACCGCCCUCCUACUCAUGAACCAGUUGAAACAACUUAUGGACCCAAAUGGCAUUCUUAACCCCUAUAAAGUUCUACCAGAUGUU